CAAAACGCGCUGCCGCUCACCCGCCCCCUCCUCGCCGUCGCCGUCGCCCUCGCCCUCGCUGUCCAUCACGCCGCUGCUCGCCCCCGGACCAAGCGCAACCGUCGGAUUCCAGCUCCACGCAACACUGCCGCUCCCCCACGCCGCCUAUAGGGGUUUACCGACGAGCUCAGCAACGAAUCCCCACGAGCCGCUCAAUCGCCUGCGCUGUUCGCAACAGCAAGGUCGUGUGCCCGCCAAUGGCGCUGCGCGGCAGUGGCAGCUUCUACCACUCCACCAGUCGCGCCGUCUCCCGCCAAUAGCACAUGAGCGCCAUCUGUAGCGCGUCUCGCGCCCUCCGAGCUCCCGAUGUCCCGGCCGCCCCCCGCGCAGGCGGGGCCCCUCGCCAACGCCACCUUCUCCCACCUCUUCCAGCUCUGCGCCCACGCCGGUCGCGCGGCCCUCGGCGCGGCCCGCGCCGCGCACGCGCGGAUGCUCGUGUCCGGGUUCGUACCCACCGCAUUCGUCUCCAACUGCCUCCUCCAGAUGUACGCCCGCUGCGCGGACGCCGCCGGCGCUCGCAGGGUGUUCGACGCGAUGCCCCACCGGGACACGGUCUCGUGGAACACCAUGCUCACGGCCUACGCUCACGCGGGAGACAUCGACACGGCCGUAUCGAUGUUCGACGCGAUGCCGGACCCGGAUGUCGUGUCGUGGAACGCGCUGGUCUCAAGCUACUGCCAGCGUGGCAUGUUUCGGGAGUCAGUAGGUCUGUUUUUGGAGAUGGCUCGCCGUGGUGUUGCCCCCGACAGGACGACGUUUGCUGUUUUGCUGAAGGCGUGCAGUGGUUUGGAGGACUUGACCCUUGGUGUUCAAAUCCAUGCGUUGGUGGUAAAGACGGGCCUGGAGGCUGAUGUCCGAGCCGGGAGUGCUCUUGUGGACAUGUAUGGCAAGUGCAGGAGUUUGGAAGACGCACUGCGCUUCUUUCAUGGAAUGGGUGAGAGGAAUUGGGUCUCCUGGGGUGCAGUGAUCGCGGGAUGUGUUCAAAAUGAACAGUACACACGAGCGCUGAAGCUGUUUGCGCAGAUGCAGAGGCUGGGACUUGGGGUGAGCCAGCCGGCUUAUGCCAGUGUCUUUAGAUCCUGUGCAGCAAUAUCAUGUCUGAGCACCGCUCGCCAGUUACACGCGCAUGCCAUAAAGAAUAAGUUUAGUUCUGACCGCGUUGUUGGCACAGCAGUUGUGGACGUGUAUGCUAAGGCUGAUAGCUUGGUUGAUGCUCGAAGGGCAUUCUUUGGUUUGCCCAACCAUACUGUGGAGACAUGCAAUGCCAUGAUGGUUGGGCUUGUGCGCACAGGGCUGGGAGCUGAGGCCAUGCAACUUUUUCAAUUCAUGACCAGGACUGGUAUUGGUUUUGAUGCAGUUAGCUUGUCAGGUGUUUUCAGUGCUUGUGCUGAGGUUAAGGGAUACUUUCAGGGGUUGCAAGUCCGCUGCUUAUCAAUUAAAUCAGGUUUUGACGUGGAUGUUUGUGUCAGAAAUGCAAUUCUUGAUCUAUAUGGGAAGUGCAAAGCAUUGGUCGAAGCAUACCUUAUCUUCCAAGAGAUGGAGCAAAGAGAUUCUGUCUCUUGGAAUGCUAUUAUUGCGGCUCUUGAGCAAAAUGAAUGCUACGAAGAUACUAUAUCUCACUUAAAUGAAAUGCUGCGCUCUGGUAUGGAACCUGAUGAUUUUACUUAUGGUAGUGUCCUUAAGGCUUGUGCAGGUUUACAAUCUUUGGAAUAUGGAUUGAUGGUUCAUAACAAGGUUAUUAAAUCGGGACUUGGUUUAGAUGCUUUUGUUGCAAGCACUGUUGUUGACAUGUACUGCAAAUGUGGCAUGGUCACAGAGGCUCAGAAACUUCAUGAAAGAAUUGGGAGGCAAGAGCUUAUUUCGUGGAACUCUAUCAUAUCAGGAUUUUCAUUGAACAAACAGAGUGAAGAAGCUCAGAAGUUCUUCUUGGAGAUGCUAGAUAUGGGGGUAAAGCCUGAUCAUUUUACUUAUGCCACGGUUCUUGAUACUUGUGCUAAUCUGGCUACCAUUGAGUUGGGAAAACAGAUCCAUGGUCAGAUUAUCAAGCAGGAAAUGCUUGGAGAUGAAUAUAUCUCUAGCACUCUUGUAGACAUGUAUGCAAAGUGCGGGAACAUGCCAGACUCACUGCUAGUGUUCGAGAAGGCGCAGAAACUGGAUUUUGUGUCAUGGAAUGCUAUGAUAUGUGGCUAUGCGCUCCAUGGCCAGGGAUUGCAAGCCCUAGAGAUGUUUGAGAGGAUGCAGAAAGCAAAUGUUCUGCCAAAUCAUGCAACGUUUGUUGCAGUUCUUCGGGCAUGCUGCCAUGUUGGUCUGCUAGACGAUGGAUGCUGCUACUUUCAUCUGAUGACCACCUGCUACAAGUUAGAACCUCAACUGGAACACUUUGCUUGCAUGGUGGAUAUACUUGGACGCUCAAAGGGCCCGCAGGAAGCUCUGAAAUUUAUCAGAAGCAUGCCUUUUGAAGCAGAUGCAGUCAUAUGGAAGACUCUGCUAAGCAUUUGUAAGAUCCGUCAAGAUGUUGAAGUGGCUGAAAUUGCUGCUAGCAAUGUUCUACGGCUAGAUCCAGAUGAUCCAUCAGUUUACAUUCUUCUCUCAAAUGUAUAUGCUGAAUCAGGGAAAUGGGUUGAUGUUUCAAAGACUAGAAGGCUAAUGAGGCAGGGACGGCUGAAAAAGGAACCUGGCUGUAGCUGGAUUGAGGUUCAAUCCGAGAUGCAUGGUUUCCUUGUAGGCGAUAAGGUCCAUCCGAGAUCGAGGGAGGUGUAUGAGAUGUUGAAUGAUUUGAUUGGUGAGAUGAAACUCUCUGGAUAUGAGCCUGCUUCAGCCUUUUUUGCUGAGGUUGAGGAGGAGGGGAGCGCAUCUGAUCAAGAUGAAUUGCUUGGAAUAGUUGGUGAUUAAUCUGUUUUGUGUUGAGGAUGUCAACCAUUUUUGAAGCUUUGAGCCCUCGUAUGUAAAUUUGGCAAAUUUCUCCAGCACAGAUAGUGAUACUACAAACAACGCCGAGGCAGAAACUCAAAGUUUUCUACCUGGUCAUGCCAUGUAAGCAUGUUCUUGUUGAUCUUAGGAUGCAUGUGACUGACAACUGUUCAAAUGAAAGCAAGUCAUGGCCAUGUGCCCGGUUUUGGCGUCACGACUGAUGAGGACUGAGUGCACAAAAUAUGCUAGCAAAAGAAGUCAAGCUGACCACAUGUGGUGGAUAAGGCGGUUAUGGUUAUAUUCACUACAGGUUAUUCUAAAAUUCUAUGACGUUCUUUCUUACAGAGACUGCGACUUCAGACAUUUGUUUUGAAGAUAAGUGUUCAAUCUGAUGGUGGAACCUCAACUUUGAACUACAUUGUAAUUGUAAACCAUAAGCCCUUUAUCCAUAAUAAAGAAUAAUUCAUAUUCAAUUGCGUUAUUUUAAUUCCUUUCACUUGUCUUGUAAGAUACAUAUUAUCUGGGACACUGAACAUCAUAAUGCAUUGUUGUUCAUUUUAUUCCGGGAACCUAAGGAAUGCAAAAGAUAGGGAAUGAUGAAACUUAGCUGCCAGUUAUUUCAUCAGGACUUAUGUAGUUAUGCUUUGAAUUUCCAGUUUCGCAUGCAAUAUAGUGCUCAUACGUGGAUAAAAAUACUAUGUUAUUGAUGAUACUCAUAAGUUUAGUGUUAAUCUCCUCAGUUGUCCUAUUCAGCCAAGUUAUAGUCUAUUGGGAUUGCGACUGUCAUGUCCUCUUUGACCAAAUCGUGCCAUUUACUUGCAGUAAUAAAACAUGACUGACAGGCCCUAACUUGUACAGUUGUGCUCAUGUAAUGCUCUACUGGUGCCUUUAAAGUUUCCAUGACUUACCGUUUAUUGAGAAUUUUAUGACAUGAUCUGUUGCUAAAAAAUGUGGUUUGCAUACACCUUGCUACUGAUUAAUUUGCACCAGCGAUUUUCUCUUUGAUGUAUUUAACUUUUUGUUUGUGUGUAGGCAUCUCUAGAGGCAGAAAGAGGAGUCAGUUAAAGCUAACAUAGCGAAGCUGCAAAGCAAUUUAAGGAUGGCAGGAUAAGGUAGGGUGUAACAGAAAAUCCCAUUUUUGUUCACUGAGAACUAUUAUUUUUUGGAUGUGCAGGGCCUCAAAAUUGAACAACAUUAGCAAAAGAAGGAACCCAACAACUAUUAUUUUUGUAACGUUUUGGACGCACUAAUUUGUUAAUCUAUGGUACUAAAUUGAGCAUUUUA